UAAUAACCAUGUCCGUCUAUAUAAUCAAGAUGUCGCUUUGACAUUCCGUGAAACAAUAUUAGUUAAUUUAAUAAUUAAUACUUUUUACAAGCUGUGCUGAAAAAAAUAAGUUACUGAGUUUAAGUAAAUAUAAACAAAUUUUAAUAGAUUUCAAUCAUAUACUUUUGCAUCUGAUAAAGUGAAUUUGUGUUUUUUUUGCAAACUGCAAUAUUCCCAGCAGAGAGACUAGAAGUUAAAUUCCCUUUCGGUGAAUUGACAGUCUACUUGUCAAAAUAAUUGUCGGUGAAAUUUAUCAUUUGUGACGAUUCUUUUUCUUACAAUUGUACGUCCAAAGAAAUCCACAAUGUGAAAUAUUGUGAUUAUUCAGAUUUAGUUUAAAAUCAAAAUUACUUGGAUUAAUUACACAAGAAUAAUUGUUUAUAAAAAAAAGUCUGCUUCAAUUCAAGGAGUUUAAUUUUGUAAGAGUGUUAUGUUUUGAGUUCAGGACUCAUAAAUGAUACCAGGUUAGCGGUUUUAUUAUUAAAGGUCAGCAUGGAGAAAUUCGCUAUUGAUUUAGACAAAGUACUCGAUGAGUUUGAAUUUAAUGAAGAUCGAGCUGAACAAGUUGCGUCAGUAGCUCCGAGGCACGUUGUUGGACCUUCGACAAUUGUUUCCCAGGGUUUAAUUCCAAAAACACAGAAUCGUCCAAGCUCAACGAAUGUUUCCAACGAAGAUCUAAAUGUCAUUCCUCCACCUCCGGAGAGACACAAAGAUGAACGUCCCCAUCACAGUCACGCCGAGGAAUCGCCUUUAAGAAUCGAAAGAGAAAGAAUGAAUGACAAUCUCGCAAGUUUUCGGAAAGCCGAACUCAAACAGGACAAUGUCGACUCUGUCAAUCAUUUUUAUACCCACGGUCGUUUGAACGACAGUAAAAUCCAGCCAAAACAAUGCGUCGAAUCACAGUCUCUAGAUCCAGAACCAGUUUCAAUAAUUCACAAUGACAUAUCGCAAAAACUCCUGCAAAAAAAAUUGAACGACAAUAGUAAUUCAAAAGUAAACAGCUACGAUAACAAACUAAAUCAAUCCAAUAUGAAACCAAGUGUCAGUAAUGUUUUCAGCAGUCUCAACGAUUAUAUAAACGCUCCCAGUGGAAGUUUAGUAACCGAUGAAAAUCCCAAUGAUUCCAUUGAUAAUAAAAGAAAAGAGGAAUCCGUCUUGAAAAUUGAAUCCACAAUGGACUGCACCGUCAUCAAGAAUAUAACCACAGACACCGGAAGUAUAAGUGUAAUAAAAAACGAUAUCGGUGGUGCGCCAAAAUUAUCAAAUGCCGUCUCCCUACCACCGAAAUAUCAAAAUAUCCUCCUACCAAUUAAAUUGGAUGUGUGCGUCGAAAAACCGAGUAACGUCGCAAUUGCCGAGCACAAAAUCCCCGAGAAUCCACCAGAAACCAGCAAAUCCGUGAAUCUAGAACGAAAUUUCAUUUCCCAAUUACCGGAAGCCAAGAGUAUCAUCGACGAACCGGAGAAUGUCUACGAAAACGUCUACAUUGGCACUGACAUUCCAAAAACCCAAGUGGCACUUAAAUUAAAAAAUUCCGAUUCAAAAGACACCCAGAUUCCAAAACAAACAAUUCCAGAACAAACAAGAAUCGAGGAAGAAAAACACACUUACGAAAAUGUCGAUUUUCCCACAAAAACCGUCCCUCGUCCAAAUAAGGAUUCCGUCUACGAAUGCAUCUACAUCGGAAACAGAGAACUACCACCCGAAACAACAACAGAACUAGAAGUUGCGGCAAAAAAAUUAGAUCAAUUCUACAAUAAAAAAACUCAAGAACCCGAAACAACAACAAUAACCGAAGUCACCAAAAAUCAAUUUUUUAAAAAAUCAUCACAAGAACCAGAGACAAAAGGUAGCAAUACAACAAGAUUAGUAUUCCAAGCGGUACAAUUAAAUCCACCGCCACAGGAACACAAACCAAUUGGUUUUGGAAACAUCGACGAUCUAUCGGAGGAGGAAUUAAAUCGUUUCCUCGCUGAAUUAGAGGAAGAGGAGAGGGCAAAUGAAGCGUCCGGUAGUUCAGACAGUCAGUUGCAAAAAUUCCCUAAUAAACAAGACGAUGAAGAUGCGAAUGAAGCGCCAAUAUUCGAGAGUGUUGUCAUUGGUGAAUUGCCAAGUGUUUCCGAGGAGGAUCUUCAGCAGAAGGCAAAAAAAUUCCCCGUCAUUGAUUAUGGGAAAUCACGUGUCGCUGCUGCUGCUGCUACUACUGCUACUACUGCUGCUGCUGGUGAAAGUUCAAGUGAUUUUUUAGCCAAGAAGAGUGUGGAAAAAUUUCACGAACCUGUAAAACCUAUUUCGAAAGUAAAAGAGGACAAAGGAAAAGCAAGAAAAAGUAAAAAAACAAAUGAAAAAAUUAGAAAGUGUUCGGACAAUUUUGAUGUUCCGUGUAAUGAAGUAAAUACAAUAGACGAAAUUGUAACGGCGGCGCAAGAUAAAGAAAAUGGUAAUUGCAUUUCGGAAAUUGAUGCCACAAUUAAGGAGGGCGACAAUGAGGAUUUGCAAAUAUCCACAAAUCCUGAUAAUAAGGAUUUAAGUGAAAAUGGAGAAAGCGAUGAUAAAUUAAUAAAUUCUGAAUUAAAUUCUCAUAACGAAGAGACUGGUAAUAAUUUAAAUUUAAAUGAAAAUAUGAGUAGAGUAGGAAAGGAUGAUAAUAGUUGUAGGAGAAUUAGCGAUGUAGAUAACAAUUUGGAUCAUAAUGAAAAUAGCGAGGAAGAUCUUAAUCGACCAAUUAGGCCGCAGACUUUGGAUAUUGCUGCGACUGUAAACAUGACUGAAUUUACGACAGGGAGACAAGAAGCAAUUCCUGUUGUUUCGGAUAUUCCUGAACAUGAGGGUAAUGGAGAUGAAAUUCGAGUACCUUCUCCAGAUAUUUCGGAGAAUUCUUCUAUGGAUUCGGGAAUGGUGCUUGGAAAACAACCGCCCUUCUGGAUUCCGGAUGCCGAAGCACCUAAUUGUAUGCUUUGCGAUGUUAAAUUUAAUGUAAUUAAGAGACGUCAUCAUUGUCGAGCCUGUGGAAAGGUAUUGUGCAGUAAAUGUUGCAGUAUGAAAUACAGACUAGAGUACCAGGGCAACAUAGAUUCUCGUGUUUGUUUGCCAUGCUAUCAACUACUCAUCAAAGCCGAGAAUGAGCAGGAAUCUGGCGACUGGUCGGGAUAUUCAAACAGUGCAAGUGGCCCAGGAAUAAAUUCACCUCAAGGGAGACAGCCUAAUCCAAAUAAUCCGAUGGAGUACUGUUCAACCAUACCACCUUUGCAACAGUUAGUUGGUGGUUUGCCUCCACCUCCCACGGUCAUGGUUCCAGUUGGAGUUCUCAAGAGGGAAGGAAGCACGAAGCAACGAUCAGAGGGACAAAAAUCCGUAAUGUUCAGUGACGGAAUAAGGCCUGGCUGUGACCUAACAGAACUCGACACGUCCUGGGAUCUGAAGCCGCCCUCGAGGAAAGUUGGAAGUAAACGAAUAGCAGCCUCUGGUUUUCCCUCUUCGUCAAAUAUUGCCAAGAAGCAAAAUCUUCCGCCACUGGAUCCAAAUACAAAUAGCUACAUUCCCCAGGAUGCGAAUGCAUUACCGCCAACUGUUAAUAUUCACAAAGGACAAAUCACGUACACCGAUGUUUUGGAUCAAAACAGUUUAUUCGCCACCUUACGAAAUGAAUGCGAACCCGCUGUGAUGUUUGCUAUUAAUCGAAAUCUCUAUGCGUACAUAAAAAUAAUUAAUUUGAGUUGCUGUGUGAACAAAAUAUGUUGGAACAUCACCUCAAAAGGUCUUUCCUGCGUGGGCCAGGACGAAGUUAUAUUUUUAAUAGAGACCCUACCUGAUGAAACGCAAAUUCCAAAAGACGUUCUGAUACAUAUUAAUCAGAUUUACAUGGAAUCAAUGAAAGGAAAUACAAUAACGGAGAACGGUGUUUCGAUACAUCAGAACGGAAAUUUAUUGGGAUCUCGAGAACAUGCGGGAUUUCUUUUCAUUCGUCAAACUCUUCAGUGUCUGCAAAAAAUUGUUCUUCCCCCAUCUCCUUUUCUUGUCGGUUUGUUAGUUCACAGGUGGGAAACUCCUUGGGCGAAAGUGUUUCCACUGCGGCUCGUUUUGCGACUAGGCGCCGAGUACAGAUACUAUCCAUGUCCAUUGGUCUCGGUUCGAUUCAGAGAGGCAGUUUAUUUUGAAAUUGGCCAAACGGUAAUGAAGGUACUCGCUGAUUUUCGAAAUUUCGCCUAUACAUUGCCAGCGGUGCGUGGUUUGACGAUACACAUGGAAGGGACAACAACAUUUGUCAGAUUUCCAAAAAAUCGUUACGAUCAAGUUAUCAAAGGCUUGAAUAAUUCGAAUGAUCAUGUAUUGGCAUUCGCAGCGAAUUUCAGUGUUCAAGCUGAUUCACAUUUAGUUUGCAUACAAACGAAUUCUGAAGAGGAAAGCAGUUAUCAAACUCAGGCCAUUAAUAUUGAAAUUAAACCGAGAAAAGUUACUGGAGCAAGUUUCAUUGUUAUUAAUGGAGCACUAAAAUCAUCAAUGGGCCUUUCUGCGAAGACAAGCAUUGUUGAGGAUGGAUUAAUGGUGCAAAUAAUGCCCGAGAAAUUAGAAGCCUUGAAAGCUGCUUUGAAAAAUAUGCAGGAAUUCACGAUAGGUUGCGGUAGACAAGGAGCUCCUGAACCCGAUGAAGUUGUUAAUAUAACAUGGGUGGAAAAUGAUGUUUUAUUUAACUUAGGAGUAAAAAGUCCGAUUGAUAGUAAACCAAUGGAUGGAGUUCCAUCGAUUCGAGUUCACAAUGGUGUUGAUUAUGUAGGAACAAGCAGGUUUAUCCGAUGGACCGAAGUAUUUAUAAUUAAGUCUGAUGAUCAUCCAACUGGUGUUCAUGAUCCUGUGGAUAUAAAUAAACUUUCGGAGAACAUAGCCAGAGCUACAUGCACAGCUCUCGUCAAAUUAUUAGAUCUUUUAGCAGCAGCCGGACUCACAAAACUGGCUGUAAGGACCACUAUUCAUCCAGACAAUGUUGGAUAUGAAGCCGGAAGCGAAGGCACGCGAUUGCCUCCAAUUUACAUGAAUAGUCUGGAUAAUGAGCUAAUUCAAGUUUUGCAAAAAGCCGUACAAAGUAGUCAGGAUACGUAUACAGUCCUCGAAUUAGUCUUCUACAUAUUGGAGUCUGAGAAUUAUUGUGUUUAAAAUUUUCAAAGACUUUCAAAUAAAAACAAAAAAGAGUUUUCCUCACGAAUGGGUAAUGUGCAAUGUACAUUUGAAAGUCUUGUAACUUAACUUGAAUUACAUAUGAAUCUUUCUUUUUUUAUAAUUUCUUUUCUACAAAUAUAGUAAAAAGUGUAUUUCAAGUUUAGUGACACAAUAGUGACUAUUAAAAAAAAGUAAAAUAAUUCUCAAAAAAAAAUAAAUAUCUAGCAAAAAAAUAAUGCGAAAAUUAUGAAACAUCUUCCAGCUAAAAAUCUCAAGCCUGAAAUUUUCAAAAUAAAAUUCUUAACAGGCAUUGUAGAACAACUUACAUAGCUUUAGCUUUUUUCAAGCGUAACAUUUAUAUGAAAUAUAUCUAUAUAUCUUUUAAUAUUUUUGUAUAAGCUUUGAAAUCUUCUUUUACAUCUGCAUUUUAUUAUUUUCUAUAUUUAAAACUAUUUAAUUUGUUAUGAAAAAAUUUAUUUUUAUCUCAAAAUCCAAAAAAAAAAUGUAAUUGUAACUCUACGAAAUUUUUGAGAAUCAAGAGAAUUUGAAAAAAUUAUGUCAGGGAUUUUUUUUUUAAACUAAAUUUUGAAAUAAAUGUACAAUAUUAAAAAUUAAAACAUGAUUUUAAAGAAUAAAAAAAUAUGUACAUUUUUUCUACUUGAAAUUUUUAUGAAAUUCUUCUAAAAUGUACAGUUUAUCUUUUCGAAGGGUAGGAAUUUAUUAUACAAUUCUUUAUCGUCAUGUUACUAACCAUCGUUCUAAUAAAAUGUUGAAGCUAAUGUAAUUUAUAUUCUUAACUUAUGUUUGAAGCGAAAAAAAAUUAACAUCAUGAAUAAACAUAAGUCCUUUAUUUUUAUCUUUAUUAUGUAUCUCUCAGAAUAUUUUCUGAGUUUCUGAAUUGCAACACAAAAAAAAAACAAAAAAAAAAAGGAUAUCUUCUCAGGAUAGAACAAUUUAAGCAAUUAUUUUGUGUUUUAUAGAUUUGAAAGAUGAGAUGAAUUUAUGCAGUGUAAAUGUGAUAAUAGAGCAAAUAAAAUUGUACAUACAUUA